AUGCAUUUCCCCAGCCCGAAUUCCGUCGCAGCCACCCUAGCCCUCAACACGCUCCACAGCAUCACCGCGCCUCCCAAUCCAAGCAAUGGCUGUGGAAACGCACUACGCUCUGGUCUCGCACCAGGUGGCGCAUCGGCGAACUUCACACUACAUUCCGCCCAAGGCGGCGGUGAGCGCCGCUACCUUGUCCACCUGCCCGCACACUUCUCUCCGCAAAACGACAGGCCAGCACCCAUGAUCAUAGUCCUGCACGCCUUCACCCAGACAACAGCCAGCAUGGAAGAAGUCACGGGCUUCUCAAAUGCGGACACGAAUACAGACUACGUCGCCGUGUAUCCCGAGGGCAUAAACAACGUCUGGCUCGGCGACCCUGGAGCUCCCAACUCCUCCGUCAUCGACGACCGGCCCUUCAUCGCCGACCUGCUCAACGCACUAGACUCCACACUCUGCAUCGACACCUCGCGCAUCUACACGACGGGCUUCUCCAACGGCGGCGGGCUCUCCGGCCUGCUAGCCUGCUACCCACCAACCUCCUCCCGCAUUGCAGCUUUCUCAGGCGUGUCCGCGGCGUACUAUACGUCGGGCUCGCUUGGCUACUCGCUCUUCGAGCCAGAAGGCUGUAAACCUGGGAACCUGCCCCGACGGAUCCCCUUCCUGGACAUCCAUGGCGAUAGCGAUAGCGUGAUCGCGUACGACGGCGACAACUCGGCCUUCGACAUUGAUGAGAAUGGGAUUCCGGAUCCGGAUACGCUUGCGAUCCCUGAGUGGCUGGGUGACUGGGCGGCGAGGAACGGGUGCCCUGCGAAUGUGACGGUUAAUACGUUUAUAGAGACGGGGGAUGUUGUGAAUGCGACGACGGUGCUGCAGAAUGGGACGAUUGCGAAGACUACUUGGACGUGUGGGGGCUCGAGCGAGGUUGUGACUGGGUAUUAUGUGAAGGGCUUGGGGCAUGGAUGGCCGUCUACUGUUCCGCUGAGUGAUGAGUGGCUGGAGACAUUCAGAUGGGGGCCUACGACGUGGAAUGCAUCAGCGGUGUUGAUGGAGUGGUUUUCCAGGUGGAGCCUGCCACGAGGGGAAUGA